AUGGCUAAGCGCAAAGAGACAACAAAUGUUGCCGCAAAAAAUGACACAAAGAAGCUGAAACAGGUUGUAAGAAAAAGCACAAGAUCAAAAGCCAAGACGAUUUCAGAAAAUGGCAUUGUUGAGAAAGAGGCGGCCAAAAAACCCAAGGCCAAAUCCCAACGGUCCAAAAAGGCUGAAGCCUCCUCUGCCAGGAAUAGUAGCAAGUACUUUGAGGUCGCUCCAGCUGUGAAGGAGGAGCCUGAGUCCAUGAGUGAGGAUGGGGAGGACGUGACCCCUCCAUUCGCCGAGUCCUCGGUGGAGAUGAAAGAGGAGAAAGAAGAAGAAGAAGAAAACGAUGAGGAAGAGGAGGAGAGUGAGGAGGAUGAGGACUGGGAGGAAGUGGAAGAGCUGGCUGAGCCUCUGGGUCCUGUGGAUCCAUUGGAAACUCCUAUUCCGUCACAGCCCGUGGAGAUCGAAAUCGAGACCCCUGACAUCACCCGAAGGAGACAGAAAAAGGAGAAGAAGAAGGCAGAAUUUGAGGCGUACCUGCGUCGCAUGAUGAACCGUUUUAACAAAGAACUGCUGGAGGACACGCACAAGGUUCAUUUACUAUGUCUGUUGGCCAAUGGAUUGUUCCGGAACAAUGUUUGCAGUGAACCCGACCUACUGGCUGUAUCUUUGUCGAUGCUACCUUCACAUUUCACAACAGUUAGCCUGGGGCGCAUCAACGCCGGCUUCCUGAAUGGCUUGAUAAAAUGGUUUGGGGUGACGUUCACUCUAAACCCCCUCCUUCCUGAGGAGAAGGGGAUGGAGCUCAGAGAUGUGUUGGAAAAAAGACUGGGCAGUUUGUCAGCAAGAGACCACCAGGAGAUGACCCACUUGCUUCUUCUCAUGCUCAGAUCGUUGGGGCUUUUCUGUCGUCUGGUGCUUUCCCUCCAACCUGUCCCUCUCAAACCACCUUCAGCUAAGGCGUCUGGCAGCCGACGGAGUAAAAGCCCCCCUCAGAAGUCUCCGUCUGACAGCUCCUCUCCGGAGCCAAAAAUCUCCCCGGGUGUAAAGCGCCCUGCAGCGCAGAGAGGCGGGGAAAAGGGGGAGAGAGGAGGGAAGAAACAAAAAAAGAAAGCAGGAGGAGAGGAGGUGGGAACAGGCGCCGCCGCAAGGCCCAAAAACACGAAGAGACGAAGCGUUGCGUCCAAAGUGUCUUACAAAGAGGAGAGCAGCGAGGAGGAGGAGGAGGAGAGGCACAGCGAGGAGGAGUUCCAGCUGUCGAGCGAAGACGAGAGCGAUGACUCGGGUGGAGGGGCCAAAAAAGCCAGCAAAAAAAAGACAGGAAAGGGAAAGGGCAAAGCUCCAGCCCCGCGGAGGUCGAGAGGAGUCAAGAAAGAGGUUAAGAGCGAGGAAGAGGAGGACGAAGAUGAGGAAGAGGUGGUGAAGAAAGGGAAGAGGAGAACGAACGCGAAAGGAGGGGAGGGAAAAGACGAAUGGUUGGAAGUCUACCUGGAGGGUCCGAGCAAAUGGAUAAGUGUGGAUGUGGAUGAGGGGGUCAUGGAAGCUCUGGUAUGCUCCAGGCGGGCCACCCAGCCCCUGACGUAUGUGGUGGGGGUGGAUGGAGCUGGAUACAUUAAAGACCUGGGCAGCAAGUAUGACCCCACCUGGCUGACGUCGUCACGGAAACGCAGAGUGGACCCAGACUGGUGGGAGGAGACCCUGGAAUUCUACGAGUGUCCGGAUUCAGAGAGAGAACGUCAAGAGGACAAAGAGCUCCAGGAUAAACUGCUGGAGAAACCAAUGCCUACCUCCAUUACCGAAUUUAAGAACCAUCCUCUGUAUGCGCUGAAGAGACACCUGCUUAAAUAUGAGGCCAUUUACCCACCCACAGCAACCAUCUUAGGCUACUGCAGGGGCGAGCCUGUCUACUCCCGAGAUUGUGUUCACACACUGCACUCCAGAGAUACCUGGCUGAAGGAGGCCAGAACAGUGCGCCUUGGGGAGGAACCCUACAAAAUGGUGAGAGGUUUCUCAAAUCGCUCUCGUAAGGCUCGGAUGAUGUCAGAGAACAAGGAGGAGAAGGACCUGCCUCUUUUUGGCCAUUGGCAGACUGAAGAGUACCAGCCGCCUAUAGCCAUCAAUGGCAGGGUGCCACGUAAUGACUUUGGGAACGUGUACAUGUUUAAGGACUGCAUGUUACCAGUGGGAUGCGUGCAUAUGAGGUUACCCAAUCUCCACAGAGUUGCUAGGAAACUGAAUAUUGACUCUGCUGCUGCAGUCACUGGGUUUGACUUCCAUGGAGGGUACUCACACGCUGUCACUGAUGGUUAUAUUGUGUGUGAGGAGCAUGAGGAGGUCCUAAGAGCUGCUUGGGAGAACGAGCAAGAAAUUCUCCAAAAGAAAGAAAAAGAGAAAAAGGAAAAGCGUGCAGUUGCAAACUGGACUCUGCUAGUCAAAGGACUGCUGAUCAGAGAGAGGUUACAGCGGCGCUACGGGCAACAGGGCAUGGCCACGGGGGCGGGGCUUCAGCAGGGGGAUAAAGGUGGGGUGGGGGAACUGUCCUCUGGAGAAGAGGAGGAGGAGGAAGGUGUGACGGCCACAGCUCCGCCCACUCUGGCUAGCUCCUGGCCACAGAACAGGCAGCAGGAGCCAGAGGAAGAAGGGUCCAAAAAGCCCACAACCAGAAGAGAGAAACGCGGCCAGCAAAAACACCUCUUUCCUUUCGAGAAGGUGUGAGAUUAUCCAUGAGCACUACAGCAAAA